CACCCAAAAUGUCAAUAAUCUGGUGGAAAAUCGACAACGUUUUGCAAUUUUGCAAAGUUUUCGAAAGUUUGCUGGAUUUUUAAAAUUCUGUUUGCUUGACUUGCUGUGAAUUUCAGGAGAGUUGGACAAAUUUAAGAGCUUCCCCUUUGCAUUCUCACGUAAAUUCCUUAAAAACCAAAGUUCGUCCUCCAAGUUUACACGAUGGAAGCCCCCAGCGGAGCUCCUCCCAAGCAGAAACGCCGUCCUCGGAAGCACAAGCCGAAGCUAACCAAGCCGGACACUUCCGGUGAGAAUCCCACUCCGGCGAUCCCCGAGAGCAAACCGGUGACGGAACCCGCGAGUGAGUUGCAGCGCAAUCCAAGCAAGAGAAAUCGCAAACGAAACCGAAACAAGUCGAAAGUGGAAUCGAUUGAAGCGAUCCCGUUGGAGGAGAUUUUCCCGGGUAAUAAGGUUUAUCCGUUGGAGGGGCAAACUGUUGGCAGAAAGACAGGUUCUGCUGGGGUGGCGACGGGAAACGGUCCUGUUACGGUGAAGAAGACAAGUUUGGUUGGGUUUAGAAACGCUGAGAUUGAGAAUCUUGCGCUGGAAGGAAUCUUUCCAUCGUUUGGCAAGAGAAUAUUUAUCAGUAAUAAAAAAGAGAGCUUCCCUGGGAUCGAAGAUAUUCAACUUGAAGGAAUAUUCCCUUCACCAGAAACUUACACGUUCGAAAGUAAUGCAAUUGCGAGGAAGCUUAAAAUUGUAACGAACUCCUCGAAAGCAAUUCAGAAGCAGAGUUGUGCUAAACCGAUUCCGGGAAUCAUCGACAUCUCAGCAGAGGACAUUUUUCCAUCAGCACAAAAACAACAAGCAGAUCCUGAACCCACGAUGAAUCCUCCCAAAACGGAGAAAUCUAAAGAAGAGGUAAAAGCCGAACGAGAGGCCAAGAAGAAGGCGAAACAAGAAGCCAAGACGAAGGUCAAGCCUGAAAAACCAGCAACCAAUGAUUCGUCAUCGCCGGCGUUGCAAAAAUCCAGCACCGACUCCAGCAUCUCGGAAAAGCUCGAAAAGCUGCACAUUUCGGACGCCAAGCCAGAGGCGACGACAGCCGCCGCUCCAUCCGACCCCAAGCAGCUGAGCAAAGCCGAGCGAAAGGCCCUGUUUGAGGCGCAAAACCCUAAACUGGCCACCGGCGCCGCAAAGACAGAGCCGAAACCUGUCUCCAAGGCGGAACGUCGCGCCCUGCAGGAAGCUCAACGUGCGGCCAAGGCUGAAGUUCAGGCCAAAAAGGCAGCAGUCCCAGCGGCAACUCCGCAGAAACAGCAACCCGCCCCAGCCCCCUCAGCUCAAAAACCAACCCAGAAGAAAGCCUCAACCGCCGCCACGGCCAAGCAAACCCAACAGCAGCAACCGCACAUGGUCAAGCUGUUCAACCAUCUGUACACGAAAAAGUUUGCCGCCGAAGAGAUUGUCAACUCGCCAACUCUCCACCCGGCCAUCGUUAAACUUGGCCUCCAGUAUGCCGACGGGAUUGUGGCCGGCUCGAAGAGUCGCUGCCUGGCCUUCCUGGAGGCGCUCAAGGCCGUCAUCGGCCACUACGAAACCCCGCCGGAGAAGGAGUUUGGGCGGGGCUUCGAGGAGACGCUCACGCCCAACAUCGUGUACCUGCAAAAGUGCCGCCCCUUUUCGGUGUCGAUGACGAACGCGCUCAAGUACAUCAACAUGUACGUGCGCCAGCUGGACGCGAAGAACUCCGAGUCGAAGCAAAAAGAGUUCCUGUUCGAAGCGAUCGACACCUACAUCCGGGACCAGAUCGAGAAGGCCGAAGAGGCCAUUUGCAUUUCGGUCCAGGAGAAGAUCUACGACGGCGACGUGCUGCUCACGUACGGCUGCUCCUCGCUCAUCCGACGCAUCCUCGAGGAAGCGCACCGGCGCACGAAGCGAUUCCGCGUGGUCAUCGUAGACUCGCGGCCACGCACCGGCGAACACGACAUGCUGCGCCAGCUGGUGGCCCAGGGCGUCGACUGCACGGUGGUGCUGAUCAACGCCAUCAGCUACGUCAUUCCCGAGGUGACCAAGGUGCUGCUGAGUGCGCACGCCCUGCUGGCCAACGGCUGCGUCAUGUCCCGCGUCGGAACGGCCCAGAUUGCGCUGGUGGCCAAGUCGUACAACGUGCCGGUGCUGGUUUGCUGCGAGACGCACAAGUUCAGCGAGCGCGUCCAAACCGAUGCGUUCGUGUACAAUGAAAUCGGCAACCCGAACGAGCUCAUCCUGGACUCGGGCACCCGCGAGAACCGACUGCACAACCCGCUGGCCGAGUGGGAAUCGAUCAGCCAUCUGACGCCGCUCAACAUGCACUACGACGUGACGCCGCCGGAGCUGGUGACGGCCGUCGUGACCGAGGUGGCCAUUCUGCCCUGCACCAGCGUGCCCGUCAUUUUGCGCAUCAAACCCUCCGAGGUGGGAUAUUAGAAGGGGAGGGCUCUUUGCAUGCAGCUCUUUGUGUGAUGACGAACGAUUGAUUGUAAUCUUGUUGUUGAUUCGACUAUUGGAGAGAAGUUUAGUCGAACGUUGGUCAAAAUUAAAAUAUAUUUGAGUGCAAAUUUUGAUAUCCUGGCA